CUUUUUACUAUCCUAUUGCUUUUGCAAUUAUUAUCUCAACUCUACUCCUUUUGCAAACUCUUUAUUUUCUUAUCAUUUUUAUUAUUAUCGAAUUUAUAUCUCAAAAAAAAUGAACAACAACAAUCAACAACAACAAACUACAAAUCAGAACAAUGUAUCGGCAAAUAAUUUGAAUGAAACCGAUCCAAAUAUAUCAAAUAUUUCUGAUUUCAUUAUAACGCAUGAUCCUUUGGAACAUGCUGUUUCUCCUCGCCAAUUUGAACAACAAAUUGGUAAUGAAGAUCAGAUCUCUCGUGACUUUAAUUGGCUGGACUAUCAAACAGACCAGUCACAUUAUGAUCAUGCUGAAUGGCGCUCUAGUCCAGUGCCAAGAAAUUUAGGAAACAAUAUUGUACAGAUACAUGAAUAUUCAGGAAAUGUAUCAUACAAUAGCAUUAUAACCAAUGAAUCCGAUUCUAACACUGGUUAUGAUUUACCAAUCAAUGUAUCGGAAAGCUCUGAAUAUAACGAUUAUGAUUCUAUAGAUUCAGAUACACCGAUACAACGACAACCACCUGCCCCACCAUCAACUCCCAUACAAUCGGACGAUGAUGAAUAAAUUUAGGAAAAUUUCAUAAUUUUUUUUUUUGUUUUGUUUAUUUUAUUUAUUUAUUAAAAUUGUUUCCUUUAUAUUAAAAAAAAUUA